UAACAGUGUGACACCCAGCGGAAGUAAACAGCAGCGUUAGCUCUGUGCAGUCAGAUAAAGAUGGCCUCGUCCAUGAGCGGGAUGUUUUCCGGUCAGCAGCCGUCUGGUGCGCAUCCCGUCGGUGGUCCCGGUGGACCGGGCCAGCCUGGCUUCCCCGCUACCGCUACCAGACCCCAAGGUACUAACACGCUGGUGGAUGAACUGGAGGCUUCCUUCGAGGCAUGUUUUGCAUCUCUGGUAAGCCAAGACUACGUAAAUGGAACUGACCAGGAGGAGAUCCGAACAGGUGUUGACCAGUGCAUACAAAAGUUCUUGGACGUGGCUCGACAGACAGAGUGCUUCUUCUUACAGAAGAGGCUUCAGUUAUCUGUGCAGAAACCGGAGCAGGUGGUGAAAGAGGAUGUGUCAGAGUUACGUAAUGAGCUGCAGAGGAAAGAAUUACUGGUCCAGAAACACUUGUCCAAACUGCACCACUGGCAACAAGUUCUGGAGGAUGUGAGCGUUCAACACCGCAAACCCUCAGACCUCCCUCCAACUGGACCACUGGCAUUUCUGGAGCAAGCCUCUGCCAGUCUGCCUCCGGCCCCUUUAAAACCAAACUAACACACCAAACAGUCACAGUUACAUUAUAGUGUUGAACUCUGCAAGUUAGCUGCAGCCGGCUUGAGAUCGCACAAGAACUGGAAACACAUGCCUGCAUUCAUCAAACGUACAGGCAGACAAAAGUGUAAUGUGACUGAAUAACAGUUUUCUGUGGGGAAAUCAUGACAUUGAUAGUUUUAUUUCAACUUUUUUUGGUUUAUGUAAAUAUUUCUGUUGUCAACUUUUUUUACUGUAAAAAAAUAAAAUUUGAGUAUUUUGAAUCUGUUUUG